AGGACGCACAUGCACUACAGCGUACGCCGGCCGAAACAACAAGGAAAAAGAGGGCAGUACCACACAACAUCAUGCAGAGCAUGAGGGACUGGUUUACGGAGGCGACGUCGGCCGUCGCCUCGUUAUCUUCCUCCUCUUCUUGUCCCUCUCGUAAUCAACGUUUCAAUGGGCAUGCCGAUGACGCAGUAGACACCCGCACGGCAUCAUGCAUCUCCUUGCUCGUACUGGCAGGUAGCUGCGGCGUGCUGGUUGGCUAUCGCGGACGUGGCUGGUGCGCGCGCCAGCAAAGCACUUUGUACACGCGACGUGAGGGUCGUUGCCGCAACGCGCUGUGGCUCCUGCCCGCCCCGUCUCUCAGCCCCGCCGUGUCCGCACGGAAUUGGGCUGCUGCUUGUGUGGGCCAACGGUGGGUGCCGCGCUGGGCCUGGUCGCCGCCGCUGCUUCGGCAAUGGGCAGUCACGUACCCCGCCGACAGCGCGGAAAGCAAGGCGGCGGAGCAGGCGCAGAUAGAUGCAGUUCGAUGGGGUACACACAUGUUGGGUCGUCUGCACGGUCCUCACCACCCCGUCUCCACCUCGGAGACUCGUGCUCCGCCCGUCAGCAGGAGGGACGCACAACGGGCUUCAUCAACGAGUCUGGUGUCUGCACGCUGCACCCGCCUCUUCGCGUCAUCCUUCGCUUCCCUCGCGUGGGCAGCAUCGCGCCCUUUGCAGUGGGAGCCGUUGCCGACCUACACGGUAGAUGUGUUUUGCGUAGCAGGCAACACGUCGUCAACGGCGAUGCCGUCCGCCGCCAUACCGUCCUUACUCAGUGCGCCCCUGCAGGUGUUGCAGCGGCACUCCUUCGCCCUUCUCUACGACCCCAUCACGCGCCUCUCGCUGUGGUGUGGGUACCACUUAACCAGCAGCGGAGCCGAGCGAGCACGACGGCAGCGGCGCUGCCUCACCGUGUACGCCGAUCGCACGUUGCCGAGGUCGGCGCGGCGGGUGCCGGCGGAGGUGCGGCGGCGCGGCUACGACCGCGGCCACCUCGCCCCGCACGCCUCCGUCGCGUGGUCUGCGCAGAGUGCGUUGGAGGCGACGUUACUCACGAACAUACUCCUGCAGCGCACAGAGCUGAAUCGUGGGGUGUGGCGGUGGUUGGAGGCGGCCACGCGGGCAUACGUGCGGCUCCCGUACAGCUACGGUACCUCGGCAGGGCCGGCGAACGACUCCGUCAAAGUGGUACACGCGCGCAAAGAUGGCCUGCUGCUGGCUCGCGUGCUGGCUCAGCACACACCGUUUGCGUCGGUGGAGGGCACGCAGCGGGUGGUGCGACGAUCACGUCAGUGGUGUGGCGCGGGGUGUGGGGUAGAUGGGGAAGAGGGCCGCCACCUGUGCGUGAACGUGGGUCCGCUGUACUGCGCCUCGCCUGCCUUCGCUGCUCGCAUGUGCGUUCGCCAGCACCGCAUUGGGGAGGAGAAGGAGGAGGACGAAGAAGACCGCACGUGCGCACGGCGCGUGCACGGCGCCGCGCACCGCACAAGAACGCGUCGACAGCGGCGGUCUCUCCGGCAGCUCUCAGCAAACCUGCGUCGAACGGAAAAGAGAAGUAGUGGUGGUGGUCGGGAGGAGCGCAACGCAGCAGCAGCGGCGGCAACGACACCCCCCACGAAAAGCGCCCCCUCCAUUCCGGAUGCCUUCUUUCUUUCCCUGUGGGAUGCGCAGACGCACCACCACGUUCAUCUGGUGCUCCCCAACACACCAGAGUCGCCGGAGAUGCGCGCGUUGACGCAGGCUCUGACCCCUGCCGCGCGACAGGGCCCACCGCAACAACGAAAACAGCAGCAACUCUCUCCGUGCCGUCGGCAGCGGCAACAGCCUCACACCCAUGCGUGGAGGAGGAGGAUGAGAACGACAGGUGUGCCCUCCGUGGCACCGGCAGCGGACAAUGACACGGCCGUUGAGGCAGCUCUCGCUGCCGUCGCUGUUCCAACGGAGCGUCUCGAAGAACUCCUGGCGGAGUCGCUGGUGGAGGUGCGCAGGCGCUGGGCCGCGUCUCAGCCCGGAAUUCAGCUGUCCGACCCUGCGAGCGCGGCCGCUGGGCCGAGGGAGGACGCAGCGGGCACCCAGUUGUCAGCAAAAGUGUGGCUUUCUCCCCCCGCCUUAGCCCUGCGCAGCCCCCUUCGCCUCUUUCCGGUGUAUCAUGAACGAUGGGUGUGGCACACACGGUGGCAUCGUCUUGCCCACUGUGUGUCUUCAAAGCUGCUCACGUUUAAAAGGAAGAGCGAGCGGGUCUCAGUGUGGCAGUAA